CAUGUGAGCGAGCGGAGCUGGCGGUGCCCGCAUGGAAGGGGGCAGCGGGCUGGCUGAAGCCCUGGCGUUUCCCAGCCGAAUGGCUGCUGUGUGCUUGGCGUCACGUGGGGAGGCAUUCCGGAGUGGAACUCAGUCCGGGCGCCCUCGGCUUGCAGGGGGAGGCGCCCUAUCGCGGGCGCCCAGACCAGCCGGUUGACAGAAGAUCUGGCCAUUCAGGCGUGCCCGGAGGGAGGGACCGCCCCUUGCCAUGAAUGAUGGUGGCUAGAGGAAGCAGGGAAGUUGCAUGGUGGGCUAACGCUGUCCCCGCAAUAUCAGGACUACCAGCUGUACUGCUGCCCAGCUGAAUUGUUACACUGGCUUCCUACCCAGUCAGUUUAACAUCUUUCCGUGCAGAAGGGACGCUAGUCAACAAAUGGUCUCUCUCAGUUGCAGCGAGUUGCUCCCUGCUUCAGACCCCCUGGCCCUCCCAGCUGGCGCCUCUUGGCUAGACAGCAACGCCGAUGCUGGUAAGACAAAGAUGCCGUCUGCUGUUCUGCCGGGAGACUGCGAUGCAGGAGCAUCCGACCCUCCGGAUGGCUCCAGCCUUCUCCUUUGCCAUGGCAGCUACCCUUCGCAAGACGCCCGCCUCCUGGUGUCCAAGGUAAAGAAAGAAGGCGAGAAAUCCCAAGCCACCCUCUAUGAGGCUCAUCUGAAACUGCCCGACUUCUGCACCGACCUCUCUAGAGAUUUCACCCCCACCCUUGAGGAGAUUGAGGAGUUCCUGAAGGAGAAGAUGGAGCUCCUCAAGGAUGAGUUGAGCGAGAAACAGCCCGUCAGAGGGAAGCUGGAGAUCAAGUCGGAGAUCAACCUGGGGAGCCCUGGGGAGCAGCCUACGCCCAGGGUGGCUCUGGAAGGGGGUGCGUUGAGCUCUGCCAAGGCCGCGGAGGCAGCCGGUGCUGCGGGCCUGACAGUGGGUGUUGGGAGCAUCCCUAUUAUCCUACAGAUCCAGCCCAUCCAAGUGAACAGUGGGAGCCCCCCACCGCAGAGCGCUGUGGACGGCAUCAGGGUGGCCCAGUUGCUGGUCAGCGUGCAAGGACAAAGCCUGACCUUUGUCCCUCAGGCUGCCCAGCCCCCCGUGACUGUCUUGGACCAAAAGUACGUCAAAAUAGCCCCCCUGCCCCUCGCUCUGAGGCCAGUGGCGCUAGGGAAUGUGAGGGGGGUUGAGGCUGGCCCCAAGUUCCAGAAGGUCUCCCCUUCUGUCAUCCGGGUCCACAAGUGCACACACCCUGGGUGCAGCAAGAUGUACACCAAGAGCUCCCACCUCAAAGCACACUUCCGGCGCCACACUGGAGAGAAGCCCUACACCUGCACCUGGCCCAACUGCGGCUGGAGGUUUUCCCGGUCGGAUGAGCUCUCUCGCCACAAGCGCUCCCACUCCGGCGUCAAGCCCUACCAGUGUCUGACCUGUGAAAAGAAGUUUGCCCGCAGUGACCACUUAUCCAAACACAUGAAGAUCCACAGGGGCCAGCGCAGCCGGACAGCUCAAGGCAGCGGCAGCCGUUAACCCUUUCCUCCCUGCCUUGUGGAACUGGGGUGCAAUCCAGCAGAGCUGGAUAGUGAACACACAGGGGUGGUUUUUUUGUUCAGAGGGGAAAAAUUUUUUUUGUACCAACUGGAGAAAAUCCCAAGUCUACCUCUACUCAUGGGUGCCUUAUGGUCAGGACUUGUCUCUUCUACUACUGUGCCACUUGUAAAUUCACAUGAUGGGCACCUGAGCUAAUUAGGGCCAUGUGUGGGAGGAUGGCCUCACCAAAGGGCUUCGGUGAGUGAAUGGGUGUUGUCUGUUUAGGUAAUUCGAAUGCUUCUGUCACUGUACUAUCUACCUGAUAUGAGUGGGAGCUAACUGGUUAAUAGCACUUCUUUCUUAGUCAGUAUCCUGACUUGCAGCCCCCAUAGCAGGGAGGAUAUACAUGCAGCAAGUCAGACCAGUGUCCCAGCCGUCCAUGGGCAGCCAUCUUGGGGGGGAAAGCCAAAAGGGAUCUUGCCUGAGCCAAUGAAGACCUGUGCUUGGAGUCUUGGCUGGAGAGAUGCUUACAGAUUGUACAGUGGGUAUGGAAACGGACUGCCUCUUGAUGUGUCCCUGUCUCUGAUCUCUUACCCCCCGCCCCCCAUCCUCCCAGUGUGUGCUGCUCAUCACUGAUGUCUGCAGGAUUGACAAGGCUGAUGUCCUUCUCUGUUAAAUAUUCUUUGUUAAUCAUGUACAGAGCCAGGGUAAACUCCCAAGAUGUCCCUGAGAAGGUGAUGCUGAUGCACUUACUGUGUCUUCAGUCAUAUGUGGCAAAAGCUUAGCUGGGUCCUUGCGCAUGUCCUUGCUUUGUCUGGUUCCACUAACAAAAAAGCAAGGAGCCUGCUAGCUGCUUGUGGAGUCCUAAAGUGCAACCUACCCCCCACCAUGUUCUGCUGAGGUGGAGCCGGAGCGUGGCCUGCUGGCUCCUGAAGUCUGCAGGCUGCCCCUCCGUGUCAAAGAUCAGGGUGUCUGCAUUCUGUUCCUGUGUGUACAAAUCCCAUGCAGCUCUCAGGCUUCUUGCAGGUUGCUAGUGUGGCCCACAGGCCCAGCAUUGGUGACACCUUGCUCCAACAGCUGCCUCUGCGGGCAUUGCACCCAGCCCUGAGGCUGGAAAGGGCAGGGAACAGCUGUAGGUACAGGGACUCUUAAACAGUGGGCAGGUCUUCACAGCAUCUUACCAAAGGGUUUGUCUGUCAUUGCUGUUGGCAUCUGUGUUCCCAGCUUUAUAGUUACAACUCUGCUGUCAAAAAACCCCACAAUUACCUUUGUAAUAAUCUGUUCAAUAGUCCUUUUUUGUAUUAAAGUGCCUGUAACAUACUUCUAA